AUGUCUCACUACCUCUCCAUGCAGGCGUACAAGUCACAGUACGACGCCCUCCUCAAGCGUGAGGACAGAAGCAAAGGAUUCGGCCUCCUGUUCCAGGACUGGCCCUGCGAAGGAACCCUCGACCUCUCCAUUGCGUACCUCGCACCCUGCAAGUCCGACACCCGGGACCUGCGACAGCAGCCGAAGAAUAUGUUCUUCCUCAUCUCCGAGAACCGCGAGCAUGAAGAUAGCCCCGAGAGCAUUGGCCGCAUCCUCAAGAAGUUCGCCAAGAAGAUGAAGAAGCUGACCACCAAGGAACAGGAGGAGAAAGUCUUGUGCGCGGCUGUUGCCGCUGGUACCCAUGUUCGUUUCUUCUGGCUCGAGGUCGGAGAUGAGGAGCUGACGGAGGGCGACUUUGGCGCAUACCUAGAACUUGCCGAACAUGAGAAGGAGAUCAACAUUAUGCUGGAAUUGUUCAACAAUCAGCUGUGUGUCUCAUAUUCGUUUGAGAGCACCUGGUUCAGUGCCAUGGGCCGGAAGGAGGAUGUGAUGUGA